AUGCCUACCGCGCUGUCAUACCCAGGUCUUCGAUGUGUCUUAGAGUUUUUGGAUCCCAUGAAAAGAAUUCAUAUUGUCUCACGCAACCAUUCUCUUCGAACCAUUGAAAAGACAAUACCCCUGAACAUAAAAGAUUUCGGAAUAAGCAGAAAUCGUUUAAAACUAAAUGACUGCGUAAUAAAGAACGACACCAACAACGAAUUGCAAUUCAAAGAUAGACGUGAGAAGAAUUUCAGAAGAACUUGGUCAUCGAAUCUAAAUCUUGAAGAAACAAUGAAAAAACUGCUGGAUUCGUAUUUGGGAUUCAGAUUAAAGAUCUACGUGAAUUGUUUUUUAUUUUCUACUAAAAUUCCAAAAUUCUUGCCACAGAAUUUCAUUCUUCAAGCCAAUGAGUUGGAAUGUUGUUCCGACUAUAUUGAACAGUUUCUGCCUAUAAUAGAUCCAAGCAGUUUUCCUUUGAAAAAACUCCAUAUUGCAAUCAGUGAACCCGAUUAUUUGAAUCAUCCGGUUCUAACUUCGUCAAAAGAACUUAUCGUUUCAAUUAAUGGAUGCGACGGAGUCACACAAUUAAUCAAUCAAAUCAACACGAACAAGCGUGUAACGUUUGAAACAUAUUGUUUCUAUACUAAAGAUCCUGUGAUAUUAAUUAGAAAUUGGAUGAAAAAUGGAAAAGAAAUAGGGACGUCGUUCAAGUUUCAUGAUUAUGAGGACAACGGUGUUAUGCAUUUGUUGUUGAAGGAGCUGAAGGAAUUUAAAACCGAAAGUGACCAUCACAGUCGGGUAACUCCAAUUCUGAGAGUUCCAAUCAACUCAUUUUCUGAAAUACAUGUGUCUAAAGACAGCGAAGAUUAUAUUGUCAUGGAAGUGGUUCCAACAACUUCGAAAAGAGACAACGAUGCUACUGAAGACCCAUGUAGUAGUGACAGGGCAAGACAAUCAAGAACACCGUUCUGA